GGAGGUGGAGGAAGGUGGGGAUGAUGGGAGUGAAAAGGAUGAAGAAGAGGAGGGAUCUAAAGACGCUCUCAAAAAAAAGAGAAGUGGUGAAGGGGAGAUGGAGGAAGGUGGGGAUGAUGGGAGUGAAAAGGGUGAAGAAGAGGAAGGAUCUAAAGAUGCUCUCAAAAAAAAGAGAAGUGGUGAAGGGGAGGUGGAGGAAGGUGGGGAUGAUGGGAGUGAAAAGGGUGAAGAAGAGGAAGGAUCUAAAGAUGCUCUCAAAAAAAAGAGAAGUGGUGAAGGGGAGGUGGAGGAAGGUGGGGAUGAUGGGAGUGAAAAGGGUGAAGAAGAGGAAGGAUCUAAAGAUGCUCUCAAAAAAAAGAGAAGCAGUGAAGGGGAGGAGGAAGAAGGUGCAGUGCCAGAGUCGGUGACCAUUAAGCAAGAAGACGAAGGGGAGAAAAGCGAGCUGAUGGAGGUCAGCGGAUACCGCUGCCUGAUCUGCAAUUGGAGUCACAGGCAGAAGUCUGUCGCCAUCAGUCACAUGGUGCGCAAGCACAACAUCCCCAAAGCCUACGCCAACCGGGGCAUCAAGCGGGACGCGGCCACAACCAGCCACAUGCAGGAAGGCGGGGCCGAGGAGGACGAGGGAGCCGGGCUGAGUGGGGAGAUGCUGAAGGAGGAGAUGAAGGCGACGGCAAAGGUGAUCCGCUUCACGUCCAGUCGCUUUGUGUGCCUUAUCUGCGGCUGGAAGACCAAACUCAAAGGCUUUGCCAUCAGCCAUGUCCUGCGUAGCCACGAGGUGGAGCGUCCGUACUCCUGCAAGGAGUGUGGGCGGAGCUUCUUUCUGCCCAGCCGCCUGCAGAAGCACGUGGGGCAGGCGCACCGGCCGGGCCGCUACGCCUGCCCCUUUUGCUGGUUCCGCUCGGAGUUCCUGGGCGGAUUCAAGAGGCACUGCAGCCGCUGCAACGCCCGGGAGCUGAGAUGGCCGUUUCCUACAGAGGAGGGCGGGGAGGUCAGGGGAGCUGGAGGUGAGGAGGAGGACAAUGACGAAGAAGAGGAGGAGAAGAAAGAGACCCGAGCCGCCAGGAGGCAGUGGAGCUCUAGGAAGGAGAUGGAGGAGCCAGAUGAUGAAGAUGACGACGACUAACUAAACUGCCUUCUAGAUUUCUGAUAAAUUUUAACUUUUAGUCUGCUUUUAGAGUGAAAAACACAAUUAUGUCUCUAGAUAUGAAAUCAGAACUUCUCUUUUUAGCUUAACUUUUUUAUUGAAGUCAUUUUAGAGGAACCACGUAGCAUCAAAGACUUUUUUGUGUAAAAAUAUCAGCUUAGUGGUGAGUUAAACCCAGAGUCACAUGACUCUGACUCUUUAAUCAAGUCAAUACAGCGAGUCAUCCUGCUGCUGAAACCUGAAAAAAUCCUAUUCAGUGACACACUGAGCCUGUUUUUAACAAAAUAAUAACAAUAAAGCCAGAAAUACCAGACAUAACCAGAAACACCGCAAACUCCUCCAUAUGAUCACAACCCCUCCGUCCCCCGUGCAUAUAUUAUGAGUCCUUAAACAAUUUUCCUAAAAAAAAAGAAAAGUUAAUGUACUGGCAAGUCCUUGGCAUGUCCAGCAGGGGGCGAAAUACACCUCAUCAUCUCAAGCAAAAAACAAAACAUUUCACCAUUUAAGCUUCCUUUUUGGUGAACAUUGCACACUUCCUUUAAAAUCUGUAGACUCCUGCAAGCUCAUCUUAGCGAUUUUUAUAAUAAAUUGUUUUUAACGAAAAAAUGUUUGUGUGAAUAAAUCAAGAAAUGCCUCCAAAAUA